UAAUUUGGCUAUGAAAAAUAAUAUUUUGGUCAUUUGGCAGUUGUAAUUUAAAAAUUUGAAUUUGAAUAAUGGCGGAAGUGGAAGAGAUGUGUUUAGAGGAUGCUUUGAUUAAAAAUUUAGAUUUCGAACAUUGUUUAGAAGAAGAACGGCUGAAAUCUUUCAAAAACUGGAGUUUUAAAAGUGGUUGCGCCUGCACAGCAGAAAAGAUGGCAGAAGCUGGAUUUUAUCACUGUCCGACCGAUGAUGAACCGGAUCUAGUGCGCUGUUAUGUUUGCUUUAAAGAAUUAGAUGGUUGGGAGGCCAAUGAUGAUCCUUGGAAAGAACAUGAAUCACACUCGUCAAACUGUCUGUUUGUCAAAAUUCAUCAGAAAGAAGCCGAACUCACCAUCGAAAAUUUUUUAAAAUUGGAAUGUGAAAGGCAUAUUAAUAAAUUAAAAAAGUUAGCAGAAUUACGAAUCAAAGAAUUUAGAGAACAAGGUGAAAAGGCCAAAGAAAAGUUGAAGGAAAUUUUGCUUGAACAAUGUUUGGCUUAAUUUGUUUUUUUUUUUUUUUUUAUAA